AUCAGAGAGAAGCCCGAAGCUCUGGGAAAAUAAGUCAGAAGAAAGAAGGAACAUUUUCUGCAGCCAAGAAACAUGGUGUAUCCGAGGAUUCUGCAGAUGACUACAUAUGUUGCUUUAUUGGUGGUGUUCCUUGGUCACAUCUCCUGUUCCGAGAUUGAGAACCGAUCUGUGUCAGACUCGUGUUCAACACACACAAUUUUACCUGGACCCAAAGGUGAUGUAGGAGAAAAGGGGGAUCCAGGGGAAUUUGGAAAACAAGGAAAAGAAGGACCCAUGGGUUCUAAAGGUAACAAAAGCCAAGUUGGGAAUUCAGGGGACAACGGGCUCCUCGGCAAAAUUGGGCCAAUCGGUGCCAAAGGUGAUAAAGGGUAUAAAGGAACUCCUGGACUUCCAGGAGGCAAAGGAAAAACAGGAAGCUUCUGUGACUGUGGAAGAUACCGAAAAUUUGUGGGACAGCUGGAUAAUAAUGUUGCCCGUCUCAAAUCGUCCCUAAUGUUUGUAAAGAAUGUGAUUGCUGGGAUCAGGGAAACAGAUGAAAAGUUUUACUACAUUGUGAAGGAAGAACGGAAUUACAGGGAUGCUCUGACGCAAUGUAGGAUACGAGGUGGCACAUUGGCAAUGCCCAAGGAUCAAGCCACCAACUCAUUGAUCUCUGAUUACAUCUCGAAGACGGGACUGUUCAGGGUGUUUAUUGGAAUAAAUGACAUUGAGAAAGAGAAGCAGUAUAUGUACACAGACAACACUCCUCUGCAGAACUUCAGCAGCUGGAAAGCCGGAGAGCCAAAUGAUGGCUCGGGGUAUGAAGACUGUGUGGAGAUGCAAAGCACCGGAGAUUGGAAUGAUGUAGAAUGUAAUCUCACUAUAUAUUUCAUGUGUGAGUUUUCGAAAAAGGCUAAAUAACCCUAUAAAUCUAUGGAUGUCCACACCAGUCUCCAAGGUUAUAUUCAUUCCAGACAUCGACAUUUAAAAUAUUCCUAGUUUGUGCACAUUUACUACCCAAAAAAACUCCUAACUCUCCUCCAGUGAGAUUUAUCAAAUUUGCUUAAUUUAAAGUGCAUAGUUCCCAUUUGUAGUGUAUACAAAUAAUAGAUAUUACGAUUGCUACAUUUACUCUUGUGGUUUAUGUGCUUUACAUACAAUAUAUUGAACUAACGCUUUAAUAUGUGAUAAUAAAAUUACGCUAAUUCAUAAAA